AUGCCGGCCAUGGACGACGACAGUCCAGCACCAUCGUCCCUCGCUUCAUCUCCGGCAUCGAGCGACCGAGAUGCCGGGCAGGAGCACACUCUUGUAGUCCCUGCUCGUGUGACGAACGUGCCCUCCCAGUCGACACUGGCCAGGUCACCAUCCCCCACACCAUACUCGCCAUCCGCCUCGGUGGCCAUGCUGCGUACUGCCGAGACGCUCGAGGGCCUCGCACAGCAGCUCACCGCGCUCGAUCAUUCGCGACUGCUCGAGUCUGAUCCCGACCUGACUGCACGUUGUUGCUGUGGUGCGGUCACCGACUGUCCUACACUAGCGGCGCGUGAUCGCGUCGACUCAAAGCUCAAGCUCUCUGGAGAGAUCGGCCAGGCGCUGCUCCACCGCUACGAAGCAUUGGAACAGAAGUACCAGCGGGCGGAACAACAGUUCGAGCUCAAGCGCAGAGCACUGUCAGACAGCCUGCGUCACGUCGCCAACCUGGAGCGAGCCAACACCACACACUUGUCAAAGUAUGCUGAGCUCAGUCGGUCGUAUGAGAGCCUCGAAAAGCGCUACACGCAGUCUUUGCACUCGCACACCCUCACACAGCAAUCUCUCACCCAUGUGCGCGGCGAGUUGACAAAAUCGCGUGCGGCUGCGAACGCCCAGGGCAUCGCUCUGGCCACCGGAACAGCCACGGGCUCGAGCUUGGAGGCACGCCUAGCCGACACCGAGCAGCGGUUUGAAGACGCGCGCACGCUGUAUCAGGCCGAAUCGCGCAAACUGCGAGACGAACUCAAGUGGCGUAGUUUGGCUGAAGAUAGGAUAGCCGACCUCGAAACCAAGCUCACGGCCGCCGGACGCGAGGUCGAGGAUAUUAAAGCGGCCCGCGCACGAGACGCUCAGGACCUACUUGGCAAUGCCAAGGAGAGGCUCGGUGCCCUGCACGAGGAGCUCUCUGAGACUUUCCAAGCGGAACACCCUAGCGACACCCCAGAGUAUCUCCGCACGCUCGAGGACCUGGUGGCCACCAACGCGCUGUUAAAGCACGACACAUCAGAGUUGGCACGCACUCUAUCAGAGACGCUGACCGAAAACCGCGCACUCCGCGAAGAGGUCGAUGAGCUCAAGUCUGUACCUCGGCGCGCGCCCAACUCGCGGCCAUUGUCAAUGGAGCUCCGUCCGCUCCUCACACGGUCCCACAUGCGCACACACUCGACGGGUUCUCACCCGCAGUCUGGCAGUCCCCGCCUCCCGACUCACGCGCGUGUUGCCAGUGCAGCUGUCCCACGGACAGGCGGCUGGGGCCACCGUCGCGACUCAUCGCUUGCACCGAGCUUUACGUCCACAUCCACUACCGAGGGCGUGAGUGUCACGUCCCCUGGCUUGGGGCCUGGCCCUGGUCUUGGAUUUUUUGGAGACAUGAGCGGCCUGAUGGACGACAAUGCCAGCCCCGAGGCGCGUAUCGCUGCGCGCGCUCAACGCGGCUCAUUCUCUGGCGGCGGUAUUCCUUACGUGCACAACGGGGUGCCAAAGAACAAGCGAGCGUCACGCACUGCGCAUCGCCGUUCGCUCACGAUGCGUGCCUUUGGGCCCGCGGACGACUCGUCCGUGGUGGACACCAGCGCCAACACGAGUGUCAGUGACGAGCAGGAUGACAAUGUCAGCGCGUCCGAAAGCAAUUCGCGUAAACGUGCGUCGGUUCUCCUUCCCAACUACACCUCGCCACGGAGCAAUGACACCCCGCUCUCUGACACACCGUUCGAGUUCCCCACAUCCCAGGCGUCUUACCCGGCAGACUCUACCAUUGGACCACAGAAGCGCGGUGUCGGCAGGAGAACGUUACUGCUCCUCAGCCGCUCGACCGACGUGCAGGCCGAUGCCAAAGCGGACCUGUUUGCCCCAGCCGAGCAGGGCAUGUCCUUCCCGCCUCAACUACCAGACGCGAUCCCCGAGCUGCCCGAGUCUCCGUUCAAGCAGCAGCCCAAGAAGGAAGUCCGCGAGGUCGUCGUGUCCGCGCCCGGUACACCCGUCAUCGGUGCGGACCCGUCCGAGACAUCCUCCAUGCACGAGAUGCCCGCCCCGAGCGGUGGCGGAGUGCCGAACAUUGGCGAGGUCGUCGAUUUCCUCACAAAGGUCCUUGUCAGGCUCCGCGGUGUCGAUAUCCCAACUCUCAACCGGCGUCUCAAGAAGCAAAACCUUCCAGCUGAUGUGGGGCAUGUCUCACGCACGACCAUUUCGACGCUCCAGUCUGAGGUGUCGGACAUGCGCCACCGCUUCCGCAACCUCCAAGAACAGCACACGGUGUCGCGCCGAGAGCUGACGUUGCUCUUGAAGCUGCUCAAGGACGUCUUCUCUGACCUCCUGGAUCUGCAGAGCAUCGUCAACGACGUGACCAUCGACCCCAAGCUGGCCAAGAAGCUGCGUCGUGAGGCCUUUGAGGAGGACAAGCCGGCUGCCGAGACCUCGGGACUGUGGGGUAUCGCGGCCCCCAUUACGAGCUACCUGUUCACCACACCAGCCAAGGCGCCAGAGCCCGCGCCGCAAUCACCAAAGAGGUCCCGCCUUGCACCGCCAAUGCCUGUUCGCCCCGCACCAAAGUUACCCGCGUCGACGUCGGCGUCUACCGCGAGCGUCACUGUGUUUGGCGGAUCCGUGGCACGCCGCUCCACCACACCCAAGAAGACUGUGAUGCCCCAGGCCACUGCCGCCGGCGAAGAGGACGUUUUUGGCUCCCCGCCAUCCCCCGGCGGCCACCGUUCAGCCUCAGUCGCGAACGCCGUACCCUCCCCAGGGCAGCGUCCGGUCCGCACACGCGCGUCGCGGUCCGACCUGAUGGGUAUCUUUGCCGGAGCUCAAGCUGCACCCCCCGUCCCGCGUGUUCGGCACGCCAGCAGCCAGUACUUUGGUGGCCGGCCAGUGCGGUCUGUCUCGGACCGUCCGGCGCGGUUAUCCACUAUCGUCGACGCCGUCCUCGACCCGACCGAUGAGGACAGGGACCCUAUCCCAGGCGGAACGCUGCAGCGCACACUACGCCCUCGUGGCCUUAGCGACUCGAGUAUUCGCAGCACGGCGAUAAUGGACUCUAUUGCUCCGCUCUCGCCUGGUCCUCCAUCAACCGCAGGUCCUGUCCCCGCCCGCGCGAUCGCGACUGGCACAAACAGCGGCGCUACGAGCACGGCGGCUAGCGUCACGGGCGGUAUGCUCAGCACCCUCUCCAAGAGGAUCUACUCGUUCCCCUUCCGCGCCGUCGUCGAGCCCGACCGCAGUGAAGUGGAGGCCAAGCCCCCCGCCGAUCGGACUCCCAGCUUGUCACCGGGGAUUGAAGAUGCCGCCGUCUUGUCCCCCACGCAAGCGUCGACCAUGGGCAUGUCGCGCUCGCGCUCCGAGUCACCCGAACCCGACUCGCCGGACCCCAGCGAGUGGCGCGACAUGUCGGCCACGCCGCGAACUGCCGCGUUGACCAUCUCCAGCGCCGCGCCAACGACAGCCACACUCGCAGUGUCUUGCACGACAACGCCGGUGCUCGGGCACGGCGCGAGCCCCAUUCCGGGCAAGGACGGUCUGCUGGACCUGUUGAGCAAGGUCGAGGACCGCGAGAGGGAGCGCGAGGCGCAGACGACCGCCACGGCUUCGCGCAACUUUACGCCUGGAAGCCUGCCACGAGCUGUCUGGCGCUAA